UUGGAUUGUCUCAUUGCUGCACAUUCAGAACUUCAUAAAAAGUAGGAAGUCAAGAUGAAGAGCAGGGUGACGCAAGUAAAUCAUGGUUCCAGUUAUGAAAGGAAGGAAGACUACAGUUCUCGCCGAAGAAGUUUGUCUCCAGAUGACAGGGAUAUAGAGCGUGACAGGUCUCCAUCUCCCAGAAAGAGAAGGUACUCUGAUGACAGCAGAUAUGAUCAAGAAUAUUCAAGAAGGGAAUACUAUGAUGACAGAACUUCAGAAGGAAGAAGGAUGGAAAGGGGUAGAGAGAGACACCAUGAGAAAUGGGAGGAGAGAGAAUCUGAUCGAAGGAGGCAGAGAAGAUACUCAUCACCUGAUCGUAGGAGUCCAGAGAGAUCAACAGUCCAGAGCUCACUUGCUCAUGAUGAGACCACUUCAAAGAAGAAGAAGGAAGAAGUGGAUCCAAUCCUUACUCGCACAGGUGGUGCAUAUAUUCCUCCUGCCAAGCUCAGGAUGAUGCAAGAGCAAAUCACUGAUAAAAAUAGCUUGGCAUAUCAGAGGAUGAGUUGGGAAGCCCUGAAGAAAUCAAUCAAUGGUCUUGUCAACAAAGUGAACGUUUCUAAUAUAGAAAAUAUCAUUCAUGAGCUCCUGCAGGAAAAUAUUGUUCGGGGAAGGGGAUUGCUGUCUAGAUCCAUUUUACAAGCUCAGAGUGCCUCUCCAAUUUUUACCCAUGUUUAUGCAGCUCUUGUAGCAAUUAUCAAUUCAAAGUUUCCGAAUAUUGGUGAAUUGAUUCUUAAGAGGUUGAUACUAAAUUUUCGCAAAGGAUAUCGCAGAAAUGAUAAGCAACUCUGUCUAACAUCUUCAAAAUUUGUUGCACAUUUGAUGAAUCAGAAUGUGGCUCAUGAGGUUUUAUGUUUGGAAAUGCUCACUUUGCUUCUUGAAAGGCCUACUGAUGACAGUAUUGAAGUAGCAAUUGGAUUUAUUAAAGAGAGUGGGCUCAAAUUAACAGAAGUUUCUCCUAGAGGUAUUAAUGCAAUCUUUGACCGUCUUCGACACAUUCUACAUGAAUCUAAAAUUGAUAUGCGUGUUCAGUAUAUGAUAGAAGUUAUGUUUGCUGUACGGAAGGAUGGAUUCAAAGAUCAUCCAAUCAUUCCGGAGGGAUUAGAUCUAGUGGAAGAGGAGGAUCAGUUUACUCAUAUGUUGCCAUUAGAAGAUGACUACAACCCAGAGGAUGUCCUUAAUGUUUUCAAGAUGGAUCCGAACUUUAUGGAAAAUGAAGAGAAAUACAAGAUGCUGAAGAAAGAAAUUCUUGAUGAAGGUGACAGUGAAUCUGAAGCAGAUCAAGAGGCUGGAAGUAGUGAGGAAGAUGAAGAAGAUGAUGAAGAAGAAGAUGAAGAUGGUCAGAAAGUUACUGUCCAUGACAAAACAGAAAUUAACCUGGUCUCCUUCCGUCGUACAAUUUAUCUUGCUAUUCAGUCGAGCUUAGACUUUGAAGAAUGUGCUCACAAAUUGCUGAAGAUGGACUUUCCCGAAAGUCAGACU